AUUGUGAAAUCAAGCCUGGCUGGCCAGAGCUUCGUUGUGCUGUCGAUGAAAACGUAAAGCAAGGAUAGAGUAUAGAAGUACAUGUUAUUUAACUAGAGAUAUUUGCUGAAAGCAUGAAGUUACUUUUUAUAUUGAUCUUAGCUUUGGUGUUGCUAAGUCACGGACAAAAGAGGCGAAAAUCACGUCGAAGCAAAAGCCGAGCAAGACCUCAAACAACCCCUCAAAGUAAUAUCCAGGACGAGCCCGAGAAAUGCGGGCCUUUACGGGCACGGCAGGCAAUCACUGUGACGGAUAAAGAAGGCGAAGAGAGAACUCUGGUUUGCCUGAAACAUAAAACCGACUACAUCUGGACAGAGCUUGACAAAUAUUUUUCAUCGCUGGGAGAAAGAGUUAACCCGGCCAUUAGUUGCUCUGAUAUUGCACAGAAGAACAAAGAGGCGAAGAAUGGAUAUUACUGGAUCAAUUCAGAAAAUCUUCCCGAUAAAACGAAGGUCUGGUGCGACUUUACUACGAACACGGGAGGCUUCAUGCUGAUUGGCUACGCAGACUCACCAAUUUCCUGGAAACUAUCAUCCAACAACGAUCCAGUUUCUCCGUUCGAGAAACCGCACUGGUCCAGUUCGUUUGGCGAUAUAAAAAUAACGGAAUUCAGAGUUCAAAUAUCGACAAGUAUGGACAUGAAUGAUACGAAAGCUGAUUGGUUGUAUCACUUCUCAACUCCACGGCCUCUAUCAGAACUGUUCAUCAACGGUCGAGGAGGAUGUUCCGUAUAUUACCCAGGUAUUGGGGACAUUGAGUACGUGAAAGAUUUGAUGACGGACACAAUCGUCACCGAGGAAUUCAACUGUUCCCAAUUCGGACCAACAUAUCCAUCGAAACUUGGCUGGCAAAAAAUGAAUGAGUGCUUCCGCAAACCUUGUUCACGGGGAUUUGCCUAUCUUUCUGGGGACGCAACUCGCUAUGACAACUAUGGCUCUUUCAGUUACAGUACAUCUUCCCCAAGAUCUGGGUUGAUCAAUAAAGCUACGGCGUUCGUUGGCUGUGAACACGGUCAGUGUUGUGCAUGUUUUGGUCCCGAAGGAGAAACUGGAGAGUUCUGUUCCACAGCUUGCCAGGGAGUGAACGGUGGGACCGUGACUAGGGACGCACACACUUGGUUCUGGGUACGCACUUCACCUCCACGGAAACCCGUCUGGAACAGAUGUGUUGAGUUUGAAAUUCAGUCGCCUGAUGGAAUCACCGAAACGCAUUUCAUCAAUGGGAAAACUGGAAUUGUUACUAAGGGAACUUGUGCACAGAAAGGUGUUCCUAGUAUCAUUGAUGGAGUUGUUAAAGUAACCAACAAGAAAGAUCUUAAAGAUUUACCCUCUAUACAAGGUUUACUAUCCUAUAGCAAAGACGUUGAUAAACUUUAUCUGUCGAAUGGCUCAAAAUGGGACGCAAUCUCCACAGAAACACAGAACAAAAAGAUUUUGAACAGGAUUGUGGUGGACGAGGGAGAGAUAACACGUCUUUUCAGAGAGUUAAAACACACCAAUGAAGAAUUCGAGAGGAAAGUGAAAGACUUAGAAAAUCGACUUAAAGCAAGUCAGACUGAAAAUCUCCCGAAGUCAUGCCAGGAAGUCUUAUCUCGCAAUCCAAACUCAACCUCGGGCGUCUAUUGGAUAAAACCGUUGCCUAACCACGAUGCAUUUGGGGUAUACUGCGACAUGAUUACACAACAAGGAGGCUGGACCCUAGUCUACAGUUACUCUUUCACAAACUACAAAAAAUUCUAUUCAAAAUCAAACGCCGUCACCCCCCGUCCUAACUGGCCAGUUCGCGAGGCGAGCGUUGCUGUUUCCACCACUCCUCCGCUGGACGAAUGGUCCGCAGGUGCCGUCGAUUUCAACUUAUGGCGAGAAAUUGGAACCGAAUUUAUGAUUAAAUCAAAUAUCAACGAUUGGAUUGUUUGCAAACCAAAUGGAGGGAGCUUGGUGACAGGCCGAACUGGUGCGAUUGAUUGUAAGAACAUCAAGAACGUGGCCCCGAAAUGCAUCGGUAUUGCACCGAAAAAGAUAGCUUGGCACAAGUAUGGUCCUUUCCUAUCCGCUUCGUCGGUCUUCUACGAUUUUGAACACAAUAUGGAACACGACUGGCCAGCUCAUGACCCUUGCGGUAGACGCAAACCUGAUCACAAGAAAGGUGUUGUAAAUCCUGGUGGAGCCAUCCUUAUACGAUGAACUAUAAGACGUCUAAUGUAUCAAUUGCGCAUUGCCAAGAAUUAGGAGCUAAAGCUCUAUAUUCCAGUGCAAGUAAUGAAUGCUAUUUUAUGCUUCACAAACGGCUUCGUGCAAAUAUUUAAUCAAACCAAAUUAUUAAAUAUAUUAUUGAAUACAGCAUAUAUAGUUGAAUAUGAAGGUGUCUUGCCUGUAGUUUUCAGUAGUUUAAACUAUAAUUUUUAUAUAACUCAAGACCUUUAUUAUAUCCUAGUGGUAAUAAUUCAGUUGUGUAAUAAAAGAGAUCCUGCAUAUGGCGUCGUCAAUGAUGAGAUAGUGUAUGAUUACACGAUGAAAACGAUUUUUUAUCUUGCGUGGAAAAUAAAGUUCAAUC